CGCGUUCCGGGACUUCCCCGCGGCGGCGGAGGCCGGCAGCGCGACCGGGUCGGACCGGCGAGCGGAAGCGAUGGGAGCACGAGGGAGCCCGAGCGGAGAGCGCGACGGCCGGCGCUGCCCCUACGCCGAGCUGAGCGGCCGCUGCUGACCGCCUGGCUGGCUCGAGCGGGGCCCAGAGAGGUGUCAUGGAGGAGUUGGUGGAGGAUGACAUCUGUAUUUUGAACCAUGAAAAAGCAGACAACAGUCAUAAGAGAGAUGGGGAGAUUCCUGUUUCAGCUUACAGUGGAGAUGAGUCUGUUGCUUCACACUUUGCACUUGUCACUGCGUACGAAGAUAUCAAGAAGCGGCUAAAGGAGACAGAGAAGGAGAAUUCCUUUCUAAAGAAAAGAGUGAGAAUUUUAGAAGAGAAGCUGCUUGGCUCCCGUUUGGAGGAGGAAUGCAGUUCAGUUGGACGUGAACAAGUCAAUAAGGCAUACCAAGCCUACCGAGAGGCCUGCAUUGACAGAGAUAAUCUGAAAAGCAAACUGGAUAAAAUGAUGAAAGAAACUGCAGAAUCCUUGAAAAACUUGAAUGAACAGUUGCAGUCCAAAGAAGUAGAGCUCUUACAACUAAAAACUGAAGUGGAAACACAGCAAGUUAUGAAAAGUCUGAAUUGUUGUACUCAGACCAGCUGGGAAAUAGAGAAGCUGAACAGUGACCUGAAAGUGCACAGUCUGGAACAGGAUCUAGAGAACCUCAAGCAAGAGUGCAAUAGUCUCAGAAAGGAAUUGCAGAAAUAUAAACAGAAGGACCAGGACCAAGAUGAAAAUCUAUUAAAUGGAGACCUUCUUCAAAGGCAAGCUGUUCAGAGUGUGCAGCAAGCAUACUGGGAACUGAAGAGAGAAAUGUCUAAUUUGCAGCUAGUGACUGAAGUGCAAUCUGAGGUUCUACGAAAAUUGAAAACAAACAUAACAGCGACCAAGAAAGCUGCCUCUUCUGUACCAGUACAGUGUCUUGAGUUGGAGAAUAUUACAAAGCAGAACCUGAUGUCUGGGGUGGUGUAUAAAAAACUCUCACAAAGUGAUAAAGUACACUGCAAUGCUGCACCACCCCCUCUGCCAGGAAAUGUGGAAAUUCCAUCUGAAAGGGUCAUUCUACAAGCAUGGACAGAUGAGAGACCCAUUCCAGUUGAUGGUAAAACAUUUCAGGAACACCAUUCUUAUGGAAAGAGCUCUCUGGAAGAUAAUUCCUGGGUAUUCCCAAGUCCUCCAAAACCUAAUGAGAAUGUGUUUUGGGAAACAAAUAAGAUUUUGUCAAACUGUCCAGCAGAUUACCUGGAUCAGUGUAAUCAAAAUUGUCUGCACAAGAACUAAGCAAUUUUUAGAAUGAACUGUGGCAUUCUAGAAUGAUUCUGAAUAGGCACCUUACUGCUUGAACUUUUGAAGAGGUAUUUAAAUUGGUUGAAGUGGGGUUUUUUUUGUGUUUUUGUUUUUUUAAUAUUCUGUUUCUAAAACAGAAAACCCUGUCUUCCUCUGCUGUAAAUCAGGAGCAAGUUCCUUGAAGUUAAAGCUCUGGUAUAAUGUGAACGAAUCUAGCAUGGGGCUUAGACAGUCUUUAUUGCAAAUGGCAUCUGUUUCCAAAAGAUUACAGCAAAUAGUUCUUGAAAUAAAAAAAAAUUUCAUUCUGUAUUUGUUUGCUAUUUGUAUGUUUUCAAGAAGAUAUUUGGUGGUGUUCAACUUGUAACAGUUCUUAGCUUGUUUUUGUCAGGUUUGUUUUGCAGAUUAAGAUACUAAAUGAAGACUGGAUUAUCUCCCUCUCUCAACAAACUUUCUUACUCCUAUGGUUUAGAAAUGCUUUUUUAUGUGAUUUUCAUCAAAAAGAUGAGAUUUUUGUUAAAAUUUAUUUAUGUGAGAUAGUGGCAAGGGAAGAAUCACUUGUAGGCUAUCCUGUUUAGGUCACAAGUUUGGGGCAUUAUGAGUUAAAAAGGAUUGUAAGUAACACUGCUGAAUGCAGUGAUUCCUAACAGCUCCAUUCCCCCUGCGUAUUCUGGCUGUGGGAAACUGCCUGAGUUCUGCACACAGUGUUACCUGCCACAGAAUCAUCCUAUUCACGGUGCAGUUAUCCUUCCGUGCCUCCUUUGCACACCACCAGAACCUUGACUUUUUAUUUGUGUGGUUGUUAAAGCUACUAAUUUUUCUUUUAUUAAAGAAAUAAAGCCUUAAUUUAAUUGGACUAUGUGUUGAUAGAAUAAUUGUUUUGGUAUCCUUAGUACUCCAUUGAGAACUGAAGUUACUAGAUCAUGACUGUCUGCUCUGUAGAUUGUAUGUCCUAGUACUCUUCUGGGGGUUUCAUCUUAAGGCUAAGAACUGUUUUUAGACAAAUACUAUUUAUGCCUUGUUUUUUAGAAACUUUUGCUCCUCUAUCUGAGUUUAGUACAACAAGGUUUAGUAAAUGAUUUGACUGCUCAAUACUUUGCAGGAAAAUGCUUUGUAUUUUAGAUCUAUGAAGCUUUUAACCUAUAAUGAGUGGGAAGGUGGUACUAAAGAUGUUAUUUACAGAUUUGUGUGGGGAUUUCAGUAUUCAACUUCACAGGUCCUACUUAAGAUCAGUGUGAUUGAAAAAAAAAUAAUAAUUCCAUAGCUGUUUAGUAGCAAAUUACUUAAAAUUGCCUGAAAAAGCAUGAGGAAGCUAUGACUAUGGAAUAACCAUUGUAAUGACAGGCUGUAAAGGUAUUACUUAGGCAAUUGCUACAGGAUCUGUGUGGUUCCAGUCACUUUCUUCCCUGUGGAAUAAAUGCUUCACAUGAUGCCCAUCUUCUCCUGUUUCAGUUUGUCUAUUAAAGUUGAAAGAAUGCCUUUCAGAUAUCUUCUACUGUAUUAGUGAACAGCAUACAUAAAUAAUGUUUCCCGUUCACCAGA